ACGAAAACUGCGUGAACGUUGCAAGCGCUGCCACCAUUAUAAACGAAAGUUAUGUAGAUGAGGCCAACACCGCCAGCUUCACGAACACGGAUUACACAGACGCCGAAAGCACUGCCAGCUUCACAAAUUCGGACUACACAGAUGCCGCAAGCACUGCCAACUUCACGAACACGAACUACGCGGACGUCGUAAGCACGUCCAACUUUGCGAACACGGAUUAUGCGGAUGCCACGAGCACUACCGAUUUUUCAAAUGAAAUCUAUGUGAACUCAUUUCUCAGUCAUGAUCAUCCUAUCACGACUCCGCCGUAUACGCCAAAUGUAAAUUCACCCUCGAAUUGCGGGUUAAACAAUGGAUUUGACUCGCAGUUUGGACCGCAUAAUAAUUGUUUUAUUUCUCAAACGCUGGUGAGUGCAUCCAGCGCACAAACUCAAAAUCCUUAUAUACAUUACGCGACUUCCCCGGAGACUCUUAACACGGAUAGCACAAAUUUCCCCGUCGUACCUUUAAGUCCUCCCGAGUUCGCAUUUAAUGCUUACGACAAUGAUCACGCUUACACGAAUUUAUCCUCAUCUAACACUUUAAUAUACGCAGAUAGAG